CAACAAUAUGAGCUGCCCAGGUGUUGAAGAAAACGCCGAGUUUUGGCAGAAAUUGCCCUUAACUUUUAAGAAGGAAGUGGUGAAAAGUCUGGACUACAAAUCGAGCUGUUGCCUCCAAAAAUGUUCAAAAUCCGACCAAUACCUCGUCGAAACAACUCCGCUCCGAAUGUCCUAUGUCACACUGAAAGCCGAUCGAACCUAUAAUCCGAUUACAAAAAAACUAGAAGAACAAGUGGCCUUUUCGAUAUUCGCGGAAAACUGGAAGUGCAUAAAUUUGCAUGGAGUCGAUAAUUUUCUCUCCGUAUUCAAAAAUCGAAGAACUGUAGCACAGAGUUUCUGGUUCGACUACUUUGACGAAAAUAAGCCAUGUGUCCAAAAGUUCGUGGACGACUUGAAACGGGAGAUGCAAAAACGUGGAAGCUCGUGCAAAAUUCGUGCGAGAAAGUUGCAAUGGAACAAUAAUUCGGAGCAUCGAAAUGUGGAGCCCGGAGUGCAUUUCCUCCGUUUGCUCGGCUGCUUCGACUCGAAAUACCUGAAAUCUUUGGACAUUGUCAAAUCGAACUUCACAUCUGCUACAAUAAACAUGCUAGCAAAAUCUGAAUACUGGUGGUUUUUAAAGGAAAUCAAAAUGGGGAUCAAUCAGCCAACUAUGAUCGAUUUGUUCUUGACAGCUGAACGAUUAAAACUCUCGGCGCAAAGCUUCAAGGAAUCAGAAUUGAGGAAAAUUGUAGAGAGCUAUCGGUCGAGAGAUCUACCACGAGGAUCAUAUUUCCAGCUCGAUGCUCAAAAGCCGUGGAAUCUUGAGGAAGUGCUAGCUGGGUUCCCAAAUGUUUUAUCGCUUGAGAAUGUUGGCUCUAAAAGAUUCUACACUCAAAAACUACAAAUCGGCACCGGUGAACGUGUACUUAUUGUGAAACUAUCUGCAGACACCAUCGAAGGCGUCGUCUGCCGUUCAAACUUUUUGGAAGAAGAUUUUGCAAAACACUCGUUAUGAUUGAACAUUUCCUCGUUCUAAAAAUAUUUUAUCAGCUGCUUAUCAUUUUGUUGACACGGUUCUCUCAGGGGUUAGACAUUGUCACUUCUGUGAUUGAAUACUGUAAUAUAUGUCUUGGUUAGUCACUUAAUCAAUGUCAUAAUUUUUAUUUUCGACGAAUAAAGUAUCACA